AGCCACCGGCCCGAGCGCAGAGUGCUGCUGCCGAGCCUUUGGGAGUUCUCACAACUCCUGUGGGGCGGAUUAAGAAGCACCUCGUUGAUGGGCCCUGAUGGCACAGCGAAGGCGGGGACGCUGUGGCAGCCGACUUCUCGGCCUGGUCGGCAUCUUGGGCGCGAUGCGGCUGAUGGCUGAGAGGAUGGAGGUCGGCUUCGUGGGUUGGAAGAUGGAUCAGAUGGGUCUUGGUCCUGGAGCGCUCCUGAGGCUGAGAAGGACGGGCGGUUCGCUGGUGCCACAUGCUGCCACGGCAAAGGCUGUUGCAGCAAGACUCUUGCAAGCAGUACUGUAGGCGGAGCGAGAGCCUUUGUGAUAAGCAUUGUGCUGGUCCUUCCGUGGGCAUCGGUGGUGCUAUGAUGGUUCAAGAAAUUAAGUUGCGCAAGUUGAUGCAGGACCAACUUGAUCUAGUUCCCUCGGCACCUUAGCACUUAGCACCACUUCCCUCCUUUGUUUAGCUAGCCACCACAGUUCAGCUAGAUCUCCACCAAGUCGUCGCAAUGCCAAUUUUGGCACCUCGCUGCAUCCUUUUUCCCCUCAAUGUGGUGGCCUUGUCUUGAGGCCCGGAAGACCGCGACGCGGCCUUCAUGGAGCGUUUGCGCUGCCUGGCGCGGGAGGUGCUCAGCUGGGCUUGGCUCACUCCGCAACAACGGCUGGUGUGGGCCGCGGCCAUCGAGCUGGAUGUGGUGCCUCUGCAGGAGC